UAUCACUCCAUUCCCAGCAAAUUCCCAUCACACACAGCUUACAGCUAAUUCAUAUGCAUAUUGUCAGUUGACAGCCCACCAAAAACUGUAAAAAUUUCCAUCUCAUCUCUCUAACACAGAACUACUUCUCCCGACAGUGUCUUAACUUUUAUGCAGCAGAGUGCUGACACUGACAACAAACACCCACUUCUUUAUUACUCUCUUCAAUUUGCCUCGUACUUCCCCCCUUCACUUACUCUCAAGAUUCUUUCUUCUUCUUUCCUUUUGCUUCUCUACCAAUGUUACAGAAAGAGACAAAUAUAGUCUUUUCUUAACUUGAAUUUACUCUCACUAUAAACCACCUACUCUAUAUCUUGAAUCCUUCUUUUGUUGUUGUAGAGCCUCCAAGAAUUGAUACAAAACACACCCUUUACAUUUUUUUUUGCUUUCUUUCUAAUAUUUUCUUUCAAUUUGAGAUCUGGGAACUUUAUUUUGGAUCAAUGGAGGGUGCUGACAAGAAUAAGCCUGAUCAGGUGUUCAAUUCUUUGGAGCCAGAAUUCUCUGUUUCAUCACCAGUGACUCGUCAAAAAUCAGCUGCUGCUAAACAGAUCAUUGAGAAUCAUUACAAGAACUAUCUUCAAGGCUUACAAGAUCGCUUAGAAAGGCGAAGAACGUUGCAGAGGAAGGCGCAAGAAGCACAGAUACCGGAUGAUGAGCAAGAGAAGAUGCUGAGGAAUUUGGAGAGGAGGGAAACUGAGUACAUGAGAUUGCAGAGGCAUAAAGUUGGUAUUGAUGACUUUGAACUGUUGACUGUCAUUGGUAAAGGCGCAUUUGGUGAGGUACAUU